UUGACCCCACAGGGCUGCUGUAGUCAGGCAGUCGCUUGUAGCAAACCACAGUAACAGAUAGCCCCUUCACGAACAGGUGAAAGUAGUCUUUAGCAACUUUUACUUGACCUUACUAUCUCUUCAAAACGAUUCACAGCGUGUAUUAAAAACAAAGGACCAACUUUAGUUUUACGACAUGGCAAUGAUCACCGUCCCCACCACCGCCUCCCGGUUCGCCCUGCUCCAGAUAGACUCGGAUUCAGACUCUGACGCCUCCGACGGGGGGAAGACCACCAACAAAUCCGGACGGGACUCCUCCGGAAAGCCCCGGCAAGGAAAGGCAGGAGCCGGGGGGAAAGGGGCUCAGUGCAACGACAAGAAGAAAGACAAGAAAAAGAAGAAGAAGGAACAGCAGCAGUGUGAGGCAAAUGAGCUACGUAAUCUGGCCUUCAAGAAGCUUCCUCAGAAGUCUUCUGCCCCUCCUCCCUCGAUGACUCUGUCAGGUAUAGCCGGUGAGCUCCUCAGUCCUGCAUCAGGGGACAAAGUGGCACCUCCAGAGGGGUGGCAGCAGUGGAAGCAGAAGGAUGAACAGAUAACCAGUGAGCUCUAUGAGGCUGACUUGGAAAAGGCCUUGAUUCUAAGCAAACUGGACUUCGAACAACAAAAACCGAGCAACAACACAAACGCAUCCUCGCCAAAGGCACCAGUAGGUAAAGAUGGCGGAGGGAAGAAGGACAAAAAGAAGAAUCAGCAGGCGAAAGACAAAAAGACAGUUUCACUGCAGGACUUCCAGGCUGACGGCAGUGCAGAACAUUUGAAUAAGAAGCAAGAGAAAGAGGAUGCCAGAGUGGUUAACGUAGUGUUAGGGAACGGGCAGGAGGAGCGCUUCUUCAACAAGGUGGAGGACGACGUCACUCGAAUUGUCCAACAGGAGAAGAGACGCGAGCUGUUCACCAGCCAGGGACAAGAAGUCAUCACCUCCACAGAUCAUGAACCAGAUCCCCGAGCAGAACAGCUGAAGUACGAUCUGGAGAAGAAAGACGAGGAAAUCGAGAAGCUAAAGAAGAAUAUUACACAGUGGGAGGGGAAAUACAAAGAGGUGAAAGCAAGAAAUUCCCAGCUGCUUAAGAUGCUCCAACAGGGAGAAAUGAAAGAUAAAGCAGAACUCCUUCUACAGGUAGAAGAGCUACUACACAUAAAAGAAGAACUGUCAUCACAGGUAUCAUCACUACACGCUGCCCUUGAACAAGAAAGGUCUAAAGUCAAAGGUCUGCAGUCAGAUCAACCAAAACAUCAGGGAAACAAAAGAGGAAGGAAAGGCUCGGAGAUGGAUGUAUGAAAGGUCCCAAAUGGGAAAGACCAUAACAUCAAAAUUACAUAAAACAAUGAACAAAUGAAUAAAAAGCACGACUGAUCACUA